AUGAGUGACCUCGAAAAGUCCGCGCCGGCAAGUGAAGAUACGCCCGCUCUUAAGUCAACAUUUCCGGAGGGCGGCCUCAAAGGCUGGCUCGCUGUGCUGGCUUGUUGGUGUGUCAUGUUCAACACAUUCGGAUAUAUCAAUGCCUUUGGAAUUUACGAAUCAUACUACCGAAGCACAUUCCUGAAGAAUGAGAGUGAAUCGAAUAUCGCAUGGAUUGGGUCAUUGCAGGUGUUCUUCAUGUUCUCUGCAGGGUUGGUGUCGGGGCCGAUGAUGGAUCGCUAUGGGCCGAAGAUUAUCAUAGUUCCCUGCUCGAUGCUCUUUGUGCUCUCCGUGAUGUUGACCAGCCUGUGCACGGAAUACUACCAAUUCAUGCUGGCGCAGGGCCUGCUAGGCGGCCUCAUGAACGGUCUAACAUACACUCCAGCCCUGACAGCUGUGAACCAGUACUUUUUCCAGAAACGGCCGCUAGCCAUGGGCAUCGCCUCGAGCGGAUCGUCACUGGCCGGCGUGAUUUUCCCGGUUGCCUUGAACCGCAUGCUGAACCACAGCCAUCUGGGCUUCGGCUGGACUGUCCGAGUGCUUGGGUUCCUGAUGCUUGCUCUGAGUAUUGUGGCUUGCCUGUCAGUGUCGUCAAACGCGCCGAAGCGUAAAACUGGUGCGCCACUACUCUGGACAGCAUGGAAGCAUCCGGCCUACGCACUUCAAGUUGGAGGUCUGUUCCUAAUAUUCUGGAGUUUGUUUGUGCCGAUGUUCUACAUUCCCUCAUACGGGGUGUCGAUCGGUAUCGAAGUCGAUAUGUCCUUCUAUCUGAUCGCUAUACUCAAUGCCGGGUCACUGGCUGGUCGUCUGCUCGGCGGUGUCAUGGCUAACCGGCUUGGACGAUUUAACACGCUAACUGGUGCAUCUGGGGUCUGUGGCAUCCUGAUCUUCUGCUGGUUGUCGAUCGACUCCCUGGGUGGAAUGAUCGCCUUUUCGGUCCUGUUUGGGUUUUUCUCAGGCACCGUGAUUGGCCUUUUCCCUGCCACCAUUGCAAUGACUGCCGCCAAGCCGAGUGAGAUCGGCUCGUACAUUGGGAUGGCCCUCGGGGUGCUGAGUAUAUCCGGACUCACGGGAACGCCGAUUACGGGUGCGAUGAACAAUCGGUAUGAAUCCUAUAAUGCAGCGAUCAUCUUUGCCGGGGUUUGCAGUCUUGCCGGGGCAGGGGUGAUUUUGGGGGCAAGAGUCUGUCUUGCAGGAGCCAAAUUGGUUGCAUGA